GGUUGGAUGUCGGCGAGCGCAGCCUCGUUUCAUUUUAAAAUAAAAGUUUACCGGGGGCGACAAACUUUUUAAAGUGUUCUUGAGAUGAUACGUUUACACUGGUAGGGUUAAGGACCGAUGAUGGCGGCGAACUGGGCCGAGAGGAUCUCCGCUUUCUCCCGCAGUCCGUCUCGCUUCCUGUCCGGGACCACCGCGGAGGCUUUCCUGGCGGAGCUGCUCCGGGAGCUGCGGGACGACAGAGCCAGUUACAGCGUCAAGGUCCUCUUGUUGUCUCCGCUAUGUGAACACCCGGCUCUGCUGUGUCCUUCAGACUCCGUGGGGGAGGAGACGGCCCUGGAGCUCAUGUCAGUGUUCGUCCAGUGUCCUCCCAAGUUCGUCGCGUUUCGUUGCCACCUCCUCCUGGCCCUCACCUCCGUCCUCAUCUGUACUUCCUGUGUAAGCGGUCGCUCCCGUGGGAGCCAAGACUUUCUGGAUUUGCUCCUUGAGAUAGUCCAAGACACCAGCGACCUCCACAGUGAUGGUACCCUGCGUUCUGUCUGCGCCACAGCUUGCGACUGCCUGCGGGAGCUGGAGGCCUGCUGUCCCGGCCUUCUCUCCCAGCGCCUCGAGCUCUUGGCUGGCCGCCGGCAGCUGGAAUCAUCCAGGCUUCACCAACCCUUUGCAGCACUUCAUACGCUGGCGUUAAGAAACGCAGUGUAUCAGCUCACACAGGAAAAGGGAGCAGGCGCCGAGCAUCUCAAAGCUCUCCUGGGAGGGAUUACAUCAGUUGCGUGGGAAGCAGACCAAGACUCAGGCCUGAUGAAUAACAAGGACUCAGCUAUACUGGCUUCUCUCAUCCUGGGUCCCAUGGGUGUGGUGCCGACUCUACAGACCGGACCUGAUUGCAAGGAGUUGCGAUCGGUCCUCUCGUCCCUGCUGGAGGAGUCCUACCUUCUCACCCCUCUGUGUCAAGCUGCACUGUUACAUAGACUGACAGAGGUGGUUGCCAUGGUGCCUGGUAUCCCUCCGGCCAUAUUCAGAGCUCAACUGCUGCGAUUGCUGGGCACCAGCGAGGCUUGCCUCCUUCACUCCACUCUGCUGAUGAAGUGCGCCUUCACAGACAGCCUGUUUAGCGCCGAAGACGAAGCUUUUAUGCUCAAGCGGCUGGUGGUUCUCUCCCAGCACCCGCGUCUGAGUACGCACGAGAAGCUUUUCUACUUGGACUGUAUCCUGCACUUUCCGGAGAACCGGCCUAUCAGCUCAGGCGACGAGACCCUGCCGGUGCUGCUGACUCCUCGUCUGGCUUCGGCCCUGGCGCCCACCGUGUUCAACGACAGCGCCACCUUGCUGUCCCGAUUCAACUUGCUGUGUCUGGUCCACCUGGAGGAGGGGGAGGAGGCGGAGGAGGGCCAGGGCCUGGAAUACCUCCACGACCACCUCACCGCUCUGCUGCACAUUGUGGAGAACGGAGGCAGCAGGGAGAUCGUUGUCACCUUCUUCAGAGCUGCCUUCCUCUUCCUUUUUUACUUCAACCACGUGGAGCGCUAUUCGACCAGCCUGACCGAGCAGCUGUGUAAGCUCUACCUCCACCACACCAACCUGGCCCCCCACCUCAUCAACCUGGCCGACCAGACCCAAGACAGACUACCUGAGUCUGACUGGGCUGUGGGGCUUCUGACAGCUGUACAGAGGGUCAUCACCUCGAUCACCCAACUCAACCCAAAAGACCUGAAGUGGCACCUUAAGAUGCUGGUCCGAGUCGCAGAGGAAGGAGAAAUCCCCCAGACCAGCACCCUCAGCUUCCUGUCCAGAGUCAUCACGCCGUCGUUCUCCUCGCUGUGUGAGAGCGGCGACUGGCGUCAGGGAAACGGCUUGCUGGCGGUUUGUCGUCGCCUGCUCCUCCACCCCAGCUUGGAUUCACUGCUCAUCCCACUGGCCGACAUCCUGCAGCACCUCGCCAGGUGCUACAGAGACACAGACAUCCAGGACCACGCCCGUCUCUAUUACACCCUCCUCACCACGCUGUCCAGGGAGAAGCUGGCCGGAGUGAUGAAGCAGGGUGCAACCAACGGGGAGCGGCAGGUCAAGAAGCGAUCGCUGUCCUCCCUCAUGUCUGAGGGCGAAGGACUGACGAGCCUGCUAACCAUUCACCAGACUGAGAGAGCGAUAUUCAGGCUGACGGAAGCCCAAUCUGAGCCACGACAAGAAUCAAAAGAAGGCGACUUCGACGAGAAUAAGGUGGAAAAAUGCCCAGAUGAGGCAAAUGCAGCACUGGAAGCCUACAGAGCUCAGUUCAAUGACCCGAGCUUCGCCUCAGAGCUCACCUUAAAGUACCAGCUGGCUCACAUCGACAGUCACGACUCCCGCUUUGACCAGCUCUUCAGCAUCCGCCUCCACUUCAGCCUCACCGACGAUCACUACGAAAAGCUGCAAGACAUUAGUGUCCCAUGUCUCUUCAGAGAGAAGCCAUCACCCACAGUGAAGCUGAGACUGAAGCCCAGGCGGCCGUAUCCCACCACCCUCCACGCCAGCGCCAUCGUCACCACCCAGGACGGGCUGUCCUGGCACACCGCUGUGCCCGACGUCCACGUAGCGUUCGAGCAGACCUUCAUGCUGCUGCCUUCACCUCCAAGCUGGGGAGAAGGCGGCAGGCUGAGCGUGUUUGAAGGAUUGUGGGAGGAUAUCUGCUCUGAGAAUGGGGAAAGCGCCAUCAGUCUGUUCUGCUGCCAGCUGAAGGAGGCGGCUCUGAAUGCGCUGGUGGAGACGCACUUCCUCCCCUACCUGGUAUCAGACCCGUCCAACAAAGAAGAGUUUAAAUUGCUUCUUUUCCUCCCACCACAGUGCCACAUUCUGCUGAAGAUCAGCUCCAAGGAGGACGCCGUGCACUUCAGCAUCGCCACAGAUAACUGGCUGCUGCUUCCUCACAUAGGUUCCUACCUACUGACAAUCACAGCUUCAGAGGAAGACCCUCCCAGCUGACCACGAAGCAGCUCGCUGGCUCGUUUUUAAACUACCAAAAAAAAAAAAAAAGCUGACUUUUAACGUCCACAUUUUGUCCAUGUGAAAUUAAAUUACGAAGGACAGUUGAUUUAAAAUAAAAUAAUUGCACUUUAUUACUGGAAUUUUCUCUACCUGAAAUUAAACAAAUGUUUGAAAUUAAA